AUGCCUUCCACGUCCAACACCAACACGUCGCCUGCCACGCCCGCAACAGCUCAUCCUGACAUCCCGCCCUUCCCUUCUCCCUCGACCUUCUCGAUCCUCCCGGACAUCUGGCUCCUCCUUGCGCGGCUGAAUAUCCUGCACCACCCACCGCAGCAACUCCAGCAGCAGCAACAGCAACAACAACAGCAGCAGACAACACAAGCCCAGACAAACGGCCACCACCAAACUCCCCAACAACAACAAACACAACAUCCGCCGCCAUCGUCGUCGCAUGGCCACCCGACGUCUCAAACCGCGCCAUCGAGCACACCCUCGCAGCAAAGUCAAACACUACCAACACAGCCACAUUCACAUUCACAUUCACAGCAAUCGCAAUCGCAACCACCUCUCCCCAGCGCCGGCUCAGCCACAGGCCCAGCCGCAACGGCACCCAUAUUCCACGGCGCGCCGCUGCUGGACCUCAAAGACCUCCCCGCGCAGAUCUACCCGCUGAAGCAGCGUCUCGCAAAAGCCCGCGCGGCCGUGACCGGGCUGCCGGACGUGGCCCGGACGGUGGAGGAGCAGGAGGCUGAGAUCCACAGGCUGGAGCGCAUGGUUAAAGGUCUCAGGGGCCGGUUGGGACUCUUGGGCGAGAUGGCCAUCUCUGGUUCUGGUUCUGGUCUUGACGUCGUGGGGAUGGCGGCGGCGAGGAGCGAGGAAGGGGUGCGGGAUGUAGAGAUGAAAGAUGAGCCUCAGCCCGGACACGAGGAUGAUACGAGGGUGGACGCGAAGGAGGAGCAAGGCGUGGUGACAGAAAGAGGAGGAACAGAACGAAAAGAAGAAUGGGGGGAGGGGUGA